AUGACUACACUGCAACACCGCAACACCGUGACACUGCAACACCACGACACCGUGACACCGCAACACCACAACAGGCAGCCCUCGGGCACAUUGCCGGUGCCCCUUCGGAGGAAGCCGAAGGAAGAGUGCACUCAGAGACACCCAUUCGGGAGCUGGGCUCUGCGGGACAGCCGGACUGAGGACAGCGGGAGGCGGCUUUCAGACGAUGGGAGCGUCGGCGGGGAGCACCCCUGGGCACCGGCGCUGCACUGCGGCUACGAGAUCCGCUCCGACGGGGACCUCAUGCAGGUGCUGGAGGUGCCGCCGGAGGUGCCACCGCAGCCGUGUCCGCAGCCCCGUCCCGGGGCGCCGGUGCCAGGCCGGGCCCUGUGCUGCGUGGCCGCCGCUGCCUACGGCUACCUGGUGCUGCCGCUGCCGCCCUUCGCGGCCGGGCUCUGCGUGGGGCUGGCGUGCGGCACCGCUGCUGCCCUCCUGCUCCUCGUGCUGCUGUGGCCGCCCCGCGCGGUGCAGAGCACCCAGCCCCGCGUGCGCCCGCGCAGCCCGCGCGACACCGGCGGCCUGCAGGGCUGGCUGCUCACGGCGCCCGCCUACGGCACGGCGAGUGCCCCGGCACCGCAGCCUGUGCUGGCCACGCUGCGCGGGGCCGCCCUCACGCUCUCCUGUGCUGGUCCGCGCCGGGACGCCGCCGGGGAGCAGCACGACGCGCCCUUCGGCGGCCGCCUCGACGUGAGCAGGGCCACGGUCUCGCUCGCCCCGCACGGCCUGGCCCGCAAGAGGAUGUGGAACAAGAAGUACCCCAUCCACGUUCUCCUCCCCGCGGAGCCGCCGGGCACCCAGCCGCAGGCACCGGGACGGGACGUGGAUGGAGACACCGGGAAAAGGUCCCUCUACCUCUUUGGGCGCACGGGCAGGGAGAAGGAGGAGUGGUACCAGCACUUGGCCAGGGCCUGCCGUGGCGCCCAGGGCAGCAGCCACGGUGAAGGCAGGACGGGCCUGGGCCCGGCUCUGCAGAGCAGCCCCGGCGGCGGCAGCAGCGUGGGGAGCACAGAGGACAUCCCCUCCGCCGUCAGAGCCCGGGACCUGGCGGGCCACGUGCAGCAGAAGACCCUGCUGGAUUACAGCACCUACAUGGCCCGUGUGGUGCCGGCGCCGGCGGGGGGCAGCCCCACGGGCCCCCAGCGGCAGCAGGAGCAGGGUCCCUGCCUCGUGCUCCAGGUGCCCGGGGGCUCCGCGCAGCCCGGCGGGGACGCGCGCGGGCGCCGCGUGGCCUGGGUGAACGCGCUGCUGGGCCGCGUCUUCUGGGACGUCCUGCGGGAGCCCUACUGGGCCCGGCAGGUCUCCAGCAAGAUCCAGAAGAAGCUGAGCAAGAUCAAGCUCCCCUAUUUCAUGAACGAGCUGACGCUGACGGAGCUGGACAUGGGCACCUCCAUCCCCUCGGUGCUCAGCGCCUCCAGCCCCACAGUCGAUGACCGAGGGCUCUGGGUGGACGUGGAGGUCACCUACAGCGGCGCGCUGCAGAUGACGCUGGAGACCAAGGUGAACCUGUGCAAGCUGGGCAAGGAGGGCGCUGCCGAGGAGAGCGGCCCGGCGGAGGCAGGAGCAGAGGGGGCCGGCCCGCGACUCUGCCCGCUGGCAGACAGCGACGCCGAGUCGCCCAGCGCCAGCUCCUCGGAUGAGGAGGCGGCCGCGGAACCACCGGGAGCGAAGCCGCCGCCGCCGCCCGGCACGGAGGGCCCCGGCGGCGGCAGCAGCACGGGCCGCACCAUCCUGCGCUUCGUGGACAAGAUCGCCAGGUCCCGCUGCUUCCAGAGGGCCACCGAGAACGAGUUCAUCAAGAAGAAGAUGGAGGAGGUGUCCAACACGCCGCUGCUGCUCACCGUGGAGGUGCAGGAGCUGGCGGGCACCCUGGCGGUGAACGUCCCUCCGCCGCCGACGGACCGCGUGUGGUACAGCUUCCGCGCGCCGCCGCGGCUGGAGCUGAGCGUGCGGCCCCGGCUGGGCGGGCGCGCGCUCACCUGCCCGCACGUGAGCGAGGCCAUCGCGAGGAGGCUGCAGCACGAGCUCCAGAAGGUUUUGGUGAUGCCGAACAUGGAUGACCUGAUCAUCCCCAUCAUGCAUUCCGGCCUGGAUCCCCACGCAGCCGCCGCGGGGCUCCCCAGGGACCUACCGGCCGGUGCGGAGAGGCUCUGAAGUGCAGCCCCAUAGCAGCAAGGGGUGCUGCACAGGGCUGGGG